ACCGACCAACAAAAUCAGUAAGCCAGAAACGAGUUCUUUGGCAGCCAGUCAGCCACUAUCUCUCUCUUUGAAAAAUCUUAGCAAAAUAAAAUCACGACAUGGAAACCGCUUCUUGUUCAAUCCUUCACACUCUCGCCUUCUCCAAUAACACCGCAACUGCAACUAUUAACAAUAACCACCAUCUUUUUCUGCCUCCUAAAACCAAUCCUUCAUUUUCCUCUACUUUCCCGAGGAACUUCAACUUCCAUGGAAAACCCCUGCAAUUCAAUGGCUUCACUGCUUUCAGCUCACCUUCUAGUGCCCAGAGCCAAAACCCACCUCAGGAACUAGCUGUUCUUCUCGAAGUUGAUGGGGUCAUUAUGGAUGCAUAUCGUUUGGGUAAUCGCCAAGCCUUCAAUUUAGCAUUUCAAAAGCUCGGGCUUGACUGCGCAAACUGGACUGAACCCGUGUAUUCAGAUCUUGUAAGGAGAAGUGCUGGUAAUGAAGAAAAGAUGCUGGUUCUAUAUUUUAAUCGAAUUGGUUGGCCUACUUCAUUGCCUACAAGUGAGAAGGAGCCAUUUGUGAAAAGUGUACUGCGAGAGAAGAAAAAUGCACUGGAGGAACUGAUGCUGAAAAGUUUACCUUUACGACCAGGAGUUGAGGAUUUUAUUGAUGAUGCAUGUAACAAAGGAAUACCCGUGAUCAUCUUAACAGCCUACAGUAGAAGUGGAGAAAAAACUGCUCGUUCUAUAGUUGAGAAACUCGGUGAUGAACGACUCUCGAAAAUAAAAGUUGUUGGGAAUGAGGAAGUAGAAAAGAGUUUAUAUGGUCAACUUGUGUUUGGCAAAGGAAUGUCUUCUUCUUUGGAUGAACAACUAGCUAAGGAAGCUAGAAAAGCAGCUUCUGCUGAGAAACAAAGAAUAGCGGAGGAGGUUGCGUCCUUGCUGAAAGUGAGUGUUAACAUUGAUACCAGCUCAUCUGAAAGGUUGGAGAAGAUUGUAGCCUCACUACGUGCAGGGGCAGAGAUUGCUGAGGUUCCUGUCUACAAUUGCAUCCUCGUGGCAGGAAGCAAAUCUGGACUUGCUGCAGCUGAGCAGAUAGGCAUGCCCCGUGUCGCGCUGCGGAGCAGUUUCACAUCAAGAGCAGAGUUCCCUACAGCCAAUGCUAUAAUGGAUGGGUUUGGAGGUGCAGAUCUAACAAUCUCUAAACUAUGCCAAAAGCGAUGGUCUUGACCCUUGAAAUAUUCUUCAUCAAGGUGCCUGAGCUGAUUGCUCGCCAUUUAAUGCAAUCCAUUUGGAAACUUUAAUGUUCAUUGGUCAAGCAGAUACAGGCUUAAAAUUUGUAAUAUGAUUUUUGUUCAAGAUUGUCAUACCUUCCUUCACAGCAACAUUAGGUCUUGCUUUUUCAUGGAUUUCUACACAUUUAGCUUGCAACUUUUCAAGUUGAAA